UCUCAGCUGUUGACACAGCAUCGUAGGUUCCAAUCCUCACACGGCAGGUCAUCUUAAAUUUUAUUUAAUUCUUGGUUUCAUUUCACCUUUUCUCUCAUUGCCGUAGCCUUUUCUAAUUAUUCCCAACCAUACCUUCGUAGUGGUUUUGUGUUUUUUUUUUCAAAAAUAGGUACCUAAAACUGGAAAAUUAUAAUCUACGAUGGCCUUAAUGCAAUGCCGCAUCUUCAUUGCAAUCCUGGUGAUGUCAUUUGUUAGCCACAUAAACGGUAUUGAAAAACCGAAGAACCCGGAUAGUAAGGAAGCAGAAAAACUUCCACCGUGCCAGGCCUGUAAAACAGUGGUGAACAGCGUUCAACAUGGCAUGGCAAGGACCAAUAAAAGGCAUUUUGGUGGAGGUGAUACGGCUUGGGAGGAAGAGAAACUAGGUGAUUAUGCCCAAAGUGAAGUACGAUUAGUUGAAAUACAAGAGAAACUUUGUGCUGAAGUUCAAAGAGGUCAAAAUCAGUGCUACUCAUUAGCUGAGGAAUGGGAACAGCUAAUCGAAGAAUGGUGGUUUAAACAGAAAGAACUUGGAGAUCUUCAUUCUUGGCUUUGUAUUAAAAAAGUAGAAUAUUGUUGCCCCGAUAAUCAUUAUGGGCCGGAAUGCAAACCAUGUGAGGGCUUUCCGGACAAUGUGUGUAACAACAAUGGCCAAUGCAAGGGUUCUGGCACUAGGAAAGGAAAUGGUGAUUGCAGAUGCAAUGCUGGUUACAGUGGUCCAACUUGCAGCGAAUGUGCAGAAAAAUAUUAUGAAUCGUAUAGAGAUGAAAAGAAACUGCUUUGCUCCAAAUGCCACCCAGCUUGCAAAGGAAGUUGCUCAAAAGCUGGGCAUAAAGGAUGCAAUGAAUGUAAUAGUGGUUGGAUGAAGGAUGGAGAACGUGGUUGUGUGGAUAUAAAUGAAUGUACUUCUAAGGAUUCUUGUAAAACAAACCAGUUUUGUGUAAAUAACGAUGGAUCAUAUUCCUGUCUUGCUUGUGAUAAUUCUUGUGAGGGAUGUCAUGGUGAUGGGCCAGACAUGUGCAACAAAUGUGCAAGUGGAUAUGUGCUCAAAGAUGGUCUUUGUAUUGGUGUUCAGACAAGUUCAUCAGACUGGACUAGAUACCUAACGUAUCUUGGGCUUUGUAUAGCAACCUGCAUAAUUUUUCAAAAGAACACGCUCAUUGCAAGUGUUAUAGGUUUAUCGGUUGCUGUUUAUGUUGCAGUUUCUGAGUACAUGCUGAGUACUUUAACUAAUCAAAACCAGUUUUUUCAAAAUAGCAUAGAUUCAUUUUUAAAAAAUAUGAACUAAGACUAAUUUAUUGUCUUGCAUUCGAUUUGUAAAUGUCCAGUUAUAUAUGUUUCAGUGAAAGUAAGAAAAUGAUUGAUAACAGUUUUUCUGGAAUAAUUCCAUAUUUCCUACCCUGUGCCACAUUAUUUCAAGUGAAGAUGUUAAAUUUCUUUAAAACCUUAAGUUACCUUAAUUAUAAAGAGGGAUGCAAUAAUUAACACAUAGACACACAAAAAAAAAAAAAAAAAAA